AUGGCGAAUAGGAAAUUUCAAAUUGAUAAACAGAUCAAAAGUGAGUCAACGAAAUCAACAGAAAUACAGGAUGUUGGGACAUUUUCUUGGACAAAUAUUUCUUCUGGCAAUAAGUCUGAUGUUAAGACUUUCAUUAAAUACGAAAUUGAUGAAACUCUGGAAAUCAAGGAAGAGAGCGUACAAGAUGUGGAGAAAAUUACAGACAACAAGCAUGAUCAAGCAUAUGACUCAACAUUUUGUACCGUAGAUAUAAUAAGAAAAUAUGAGAUUUCGGCUGUCAAGCGCAAACUGCGGAACCUGGAGAAGCAUGAAUUUGAGAAAUCAGAACAGGAAAUGCCGUACACGUGCGAAAAGUGUGGGCGAAGUUAUUCCAAAAUUAAAGUUUUGAAAAGCCAUCAAAAAUUCGAAUGCGACGUUAUGCCACAAUUCUGUUGUAAAUUUUGUACCAGACUGUUUAAACGGAAAUAUGACAUGGAUGGUCAUAUACAUCGCGUGCAUCACAAGACAGACAUAAAAAAGGCAGCAUUAAUGCAUAAUUGCGACAAAUGUCCUCGUAGUUACAAAUCGGUGAGAACUUUAGCUCGGCACAAAAAUGCAAUACAUGCAGCAAUCAUUCCACAAUUUAUUUGCGAUGUUUGCGGAUAUAAAGUCAAUACAAAAGAUAAUUUGGUAAAGCAUAUGAUUUCACGCCACUUACAGACAUCAGAGUCUAGGCAUAAAUGCGACAAAUGUCCACGAAGUUACGUUUGGCCAGCUCAUUUAACUCGACAUAAACGUUUAGUACAUACUGAAGACAAGCCACAAUUUAUUUGCGAUUUUUGCGGAUAUAAAACGAAUAGAAAAUGCGCCUUGGUCACGCACAUAAUUUCACGCCAUUCAAAGACAUCGAAAUCCAGGCAUAAUUGCGACCAAUGUUGGAGAAGUUAUCGCUCGUUAGUUGGUUUAAACCGACACAAAGUUUUAAAACAUGCGACCUCCAUACCACAAUUUACGUGCAAUGUUUGUGAUUAUAAAUCAAAAAAUAAAUGUAACUUGCUAGCGCACAUUACUUCACACCACUCACGGACAUAGAAAUCGGAGUAAAUGCUACAAAUUCUCGUGAUUUACAUGCGAUAUUUGGGAUUUAAAGACUAAACGCAAAUGUAUCUUUUUAAAGCAUAUGAUUCCGAAACAGCUUAAUGAGUAAUAAUUGCUAUGCACGCGAAAUUUUAAUCCUUGAGAAAUUUCUCAUACUAGUUCAGAAAGUUCUUCUCUCUAUUAAAUUAAAUGUUUGCAUAGGUACAGU